GCGAGCCCAUCCCGAACUUCUUUAGCUAUCAGAUGCAUAUACGCAUGGCUGCUUGAAUGUCUCAGAUCAUUAUUCAUCACCUGACUCAUGACAUAUAACGACAAGUCUAUCAAAAUCUCCAGUCUUUAUUCGCUUCUUUGUUGACCAUGGCCGACUUCAGUCGUGGCUCAACCGUCGUUGUCUCUCCCAAGCUACAACAUCAGACCCAUGCCCACCUUGCCCCCAAUAUUUCGCACUAUACAUCACGACCGUUCCUUUUAUCCCAGAUCCAAAAGGAAGGGAUCUCCACCUUCCCGAUCACUCUGCCACGACUUCGAAUUGAUUCCGUUACGGGAGUGGCACAUUUUAAUACCACGAAUAGCCCACUCCCUCCAAGCCGACCCUUUGAGCGUUCCGGCGGCCCAUCCACGAGCUGCCCCACCAAGAACUCUGGGCUUUCAGCCAAAUUCAGUUGGAAUUUCCACCUACCGUCCAUAGAAAGCUGCGACGCCGGAAAGUCUUCGGUGCGCCAUCUAGCGAGUGGAUUUCCUAGCGCCGAUGUCUACCCUAUAUAUCCACAAUCCACCUCGCCGAUGGCGCAAGAAGACAGAUACGAUGUUAAUGCACAUAUGCAUGGAGAAAUACCCGGGGGGAUAUAUGGGGGCCAACAACAGUUAGGGGGCGAUGCUGAGGCCCAUGGAAUGGUCGAAGCUAGAUCUAUUACGGAAGAGGACGAUGCAAUCGACGAUGCAGGCUACGAAUCGGACCCGGCGACAACUACAUCUACGUCCAUGUCAUCAAGUGUUUGGGACUUUUCCUUUGAGAAUGGCCGAAGAUACCAUAAGUUCAGGGAAGGCCGAUACAAUUUCCCCAACGAUGAUGUCGAACAGGAACGCGAGGACAUGAAGCAUACUAUGCUCAAAAUGCUGUGUCAUCAAUUGCACUUUGCGCCCAUCGGAGAGAAUCCGCAACAGAUACUCGACGUUGGGACAGGGACAGGAAUAUGGGCAAUCGAGAUGGGCGAUGAAUACCCCAGCGCAAAUGUUCUCGGCGUUGAUUUGAGCCCAAUUCAGCCACAAUGGGUACCUCCCAACGUCCGAUUCAUGGUCGAUGAUGUAGAAAGCCCCUGGCUUCAACCCCAAAAUUACUUCGACUACAUACACUCGCGACACACGAUCAUGGCCAUUAAAGACUGGGAGAAACUUUUGAGGACGGCAUAUGAACACUUGAAACCGGGCGGUUGGAUGGAAAUACAAGAAAUCCACCACUUCCCCAUGAGCAGCAACAACACGCUACCAGAAGGCCACCCCGUUAGCCAAUACUGGAAGUACGUCGACGAAGGCCUCGAAAAUCUCGGCGUCAACCUGAGGUUCUCGGACAAAGGCCGGAUCGCCGACCUGAUGCGACAGUGCGGAUACGUCAACGUGACCGAGCGGGUCUUCCAUGUGCCCAUAGGCACCUGGCCUCGGAGCAAAACGCUCAGAAGCGUCGGGCUUUAUUGGAAGAAUAUUCUGCUCGACGGGAUCCAAGCCAUAGCCCUCGGGCCGAUGACCAGGGGUCUUCACUGGUCCAGGGAACAAGUAGAGACGUUCCUCGUUUCGGUUAGGAGGGGUUAUCACGACAACUCGAUGCUCCUGUACAUGCCGCUUGUCUGUGUGUACGGGCAGAAACCAGAGACCCAGUAAAUUGCCUACUUACCUAGGUACCUAAGCACCUAUUUUAAGUUAGGGGGUACGAGUCACACGGCGGGAACUCAUCAUGUAACGGCAACCUCAAAACCCCCAUACAAAAAAAGGAAAUCGAACAAAAGGGGAUCGAUCUUUUAGGGGGAAGGAAAAGACGGAUGGAUCGAUGUAGGUAGAGAAGAAGAUUGCUAACCUUGGAAAGUUAGGUAGGAAGAGGGAAGAAGGAGACAAUCAUUAGUCUGACUAAUUUAGAUUCUUUAGCUACCCUUGCUCUCAGGAGCUGCUUUUAUUGGAGAAUUACUACUAUACAUGG